UAUGCAUCUGCCUGCUCAUCUUCCUUCUACAAAACUUAUAGAUAGAUUGUCUCUCGUCCUCAUUCUUUCCCCAUAUUGUACUAUCUCCAAAUGAUGAAUUCGACCUCUCGUGGCAGCUGAUGGCCUUUCGACGACCCCAUCGCAAAUCCCGCCACGGGUGCGCCGAGUGCAAACGGAGAAGAGUGAAGUGCGAUGAGACGCGUCCAACAUGUUCGAACUGCUCUAAACGUCAGACAGAGUGUGAAUAUGAAUCUGCAAGCUCCCUUCUAUGGGCGAAUGAAGAACGCCGCCCGCAGCCAAAGUCUGCCAGUUCCGAUCUUGAAGGGUUCGCGCAGUUAGACACUCACUUAUCUCCAGAUAACUCAUUCGACAUACUGGGACGGCUCGGUGGGGAUGACAGCGCCUCCGAAUCCCCGGCCAGCUUGAACCUUUCGGACUUGGAGUUGAUGAUGCAGUGGUGCAACUCAACGCAUCAAACCCUAUCUCGAAACACCAGGACAGAGUCGAUCUGGCGAUUCCGUGUACCGGAGGAAGCCCUGUCUCACACAUUUCUGAUGCACGGCAUUCUGGCUCUCUCCGCGCUCCAUAUCGCGCGCACGAGAGACGACCAACGACACGAGUCAUAUGUCAGGACCGCUGUCGCGCACCAGCAUCAGGCACUGACUUUUUUCCGCCAAUUACUGAACAACCUCACCGAGGACAACGCAAAAGCGAUGUUCUCCUUCGCGGGUAUUGUCGUUGUCUACACGUUUGGGUUCCCUCAGGUCCCCGACCCAGCAGACCCAUGGUCCUGUGUCGAUGGUCUGCUCCAGGUUCUGCUGCUGGCACGCGGCGUGCAACAACUCUUGAACCAGGCGACUUCCUGGAUCCGGAGUUCUGACUGGGAGGAGCUUUUGCAGUUCGAUCCGUAUGAUCCCUCCCCGCCGGAUGAUGCCCGUGCCGUGAUCCAACGGCUGUGCGAAUUGAAUAGUGCCUGUAGCGCCCAGGACCCGACGCAUGACGUCUUGAUCUACGAGAAUGUCAUUGAAAACCUGGCGGAUAUGAUGACUGCCGUGUCCAGCGGCUUGACCUCGGUGCCUGUUGCUGCCAGGUGGGCUAUCAAACUGAAACCGGAGUUUGUCGACCUGGCCCGCGAGCAUCGUCCAUUCCCUCUGGUAAUCCUUGUUCACUACUGUGCGGUGCUCCAUCGCUUGAAGUAUGACUGGUGCUUUGAUCAAUGGGAUGAGCGCGUUCCUACAGCUAUAUGGAAGAUAUUAGAUGACUCCUGGAGGGUACACAUCCGGGAACCUAUGGUGGAGAUUUUUGGACAAAAUUUCGAGUUGUCGGCAGAAUAAAUCACAAUUUGCACGGCUCACUUGGUCCAGCGACUUGCACAAAAAAAAUUCUAUCUAUAGGUUUCAACAAGCAGUCUUCUUGGAUGAAUUGGCUUCCUCGCUCACGGUACACUCGCUGUACCACCACCAGAAACCACCUUGCUCUACUAAACAUUCACCGAAAUCUCGCAAACCUUCAGGCCCCCUUUGGCUGUC